UCGGAUUGGAACAGCUCAUCCCUGGCGCUAGUUUCAAACGUUCGAAAGCGGCUCCCGUAGGCGUAUCUCGUAGACAAUAGGCCUGUCCAAUAGAAACAGGUUUCCCCGCAACGUCGCCACUCCUGGCAGAACUAGCGAGCUGCGUGGCUCGCUCCACAAAACAGCGGCUUGCGCAGGCGCAUAUUUCCGGAGCUACUUCUAGCAGGCACAAUCAACAUCUGGAGUGCCAGUAUCACCCAAAAUGCCUCAGUACCCAGUGUAGAGGCCCCUGGAGAGUUGUUCAUCACGAGAUAUCCCCGUCGUGCUGAUGAGACCUGAUAACAGCGAGUUUCACGCGACUCUGAAUAAUAGAUAGACUUCACAAUGUGUUUGAACGAAAAUUGGAGUGAUACGUGAGGAAAAUGGACGUAAACACGUCAGUGGGGGCUGACCGGCUGUCAAGGGUGACUAUGGAUGCACACUGCGAGGAGAAGAGCAUCUUCUGGUCCAGGAGAGAGAGAAAGCGCUGGUUCAUCUCAUUAUUAUGUGGCACAUGUUUACUUUACGCGACGAGAACGUCAGUGCCUCUGUUAGUGCCAGUGAUCAGCAAGGAAAAACAAUGGAGCAAAGCAGAUUCUGGGAUGAUUCUCUCAAGCUUCUUCUGGGGAUAUACAUUGACCCAGGUGGCGAGUGGCUACAUGAGCGACAGAAUUGGAGGGCACAAGAUCAUGUGGAUUGCAGCUCUCGGCUGGUCCUUCACUACGUUCACGCUGCCAAAUGUCAUUGAAGAAUUUACCGACAGUGAUCAUCACGUGGAGAUUAUUGCAAUGGCUAGGACAAUCACUGGGGCUUUUCAGGGCAUGCAUUUCCCCAGUGUUAUUAGUUUGACGAGUCAGCAUUUGGACGAGUCUGAGAGGGCCUCGUUCUUCGGACUGCUGACGUCGGGGUCUGCAUUGGGAACACUGCUCACGGGUUCGCUGGGGUCUUAUUUGCUGGUUAAAUUCAGCUGGGCCGUUGUAUUUCAAGUAUUAGGUAGUUUAGGUUUACUAUGGACACUAUUUCUCUACUAUCAGAGUCUCACUGCUCAAAGGAGGAGAAUAAUCUCGAGGAGUUUUGGGGAAUCAAAAAGUAAAAAUCUACCGUGGAGAGAGUUAUGGUCCAAACCGCCUUUCUGGUCUUGUGUGUUCGCCCAUGCCUGUCAGAACAACUGUUUCUUCGUUUUACUUUCGUGGAUGCCAACUUACUUUCACGAUACAUUUCCAGAUGUACCAAGUUGGAUGGUGAACAUGAUACCCUGGUUAUCGUUACUCCCUUGCACUUUCGUGGGGAAAAUAUUGUCUGAAAGAUUGAUUACUACUGGGUAUACAGUUACAACUACGAGGAAAAUCGUGGAAACUAUUUGUUUUGCGACUCAAACCAUAAAUUUGCUCAUAUUAGCGACAGUCCAGACAUUCCAAGCUGCAAUGCUCUGUCUAAUGUUCAUAAUUGGUGGCACGGGAUUUCACAACACGGCUAUUGCAGUGAACCCAUCAGAUCUGGCGCCAAAGCACUCAGGGAGCGUCUUCGGGCUCAUGAACUCGGUGGGAGCAGUUCCGGGGUUCUUGGGAGUGUACCUAGCCGGAUGCAUCCUACACAUGACCCACAGUUGGGCGGCAGUAUUCAUUUUGACAGCUUUUAUCGACAUUCUGGGCUGCGUCGUUUAUCUCACGUUUGGUUCCGGUCAGGCGAUUAUAUGAAAGUACCCGUGGCACGUGGCGAUGCCUAUAAGUCUUGUACAUAUUUAAAGCAAUUGAAUAAAUUUGUAAAUUAGUAAAUCUUAA